UAAUCCUUACAAAACAUUCUGGUCUUUCAGCAACUUCUCUGACAAUCAUCUUAAACCCGUAAAUGUUGAACAAAUGAGUAAUUAACUGUUACUAAUUAUUCAAACUUGGAUUCAACUGACAAAAUAUUUAACCGUCACAAUCAUUUCUACCAAUUUAACCAUUAAUAUACGUAUUUUAUUGCUCUUGCCUUGUUCUUUUGCUGUUCUGUCUGCUUGUUUUCAUAUAAUUUCCUCGUGUUUCUUUUCCUUAAUCAUUUUCACCCUUUCUAUUUUCCUUGUCCUCCUCUCUGUGUUUGUGUGUACUCUUUACCUGUAAAGUGUUAACUGUGUUUGUGCCAUUGUCUUUGUGUUAACCAUCUUCACCGCGCUGACCAGCACCAACAUUUCUGCUUCACAUGUUUUCCUUUACCAUUUCAACAUGAUAGUCUAUUGACGCAUAACGAGAUCUUUUUUACCUUUUUCAAUUACUUUUACCCAGAAUCCUUUAUUCCAAUUAAUCAAACCUCAUUCCUAUCCAUUUCUUAUCCCUCGUUAAUUUACAAACAAUCAUCUUACCAACACCUUAAAUCGACAUUCAUUUGUUAAUGUUAUCGACUCUCCAAGUAUUAUAUUGAUUUCAAUAUAAUACCAUGUGUUGGUGUCUAUCGCCAUGUCGAUUUCAGUAUUACCGUAAUGAAAUUUGCUCGGGAGAUUACAGAUAAUUCUUCCAGUGAUCGGAAAAGUUCACCUCUUUUAGGAAAAUGUUUACGACGUUCAUCAACCGAUGAAAGUGGAGCCUAUUCACCUUGCUCAACUCGGAUCGGGAUUAGUGGCAAUCGCAGUGGCAGUGUCGAUAACAACGGUAACAACAAUUGUGAUAAAGAUAGUGAUAAUCCUAAGUCAGAUAAAACCCAACAACAGCAACAUCAACAAUCAAUCUCAUCAACCCCAAAUGGCUCCAGUUCCAGUGGCCAGUUACACCAUCAAUCAGCCACCCUAACAUCAACCACUUCAACCCUUGCCAACAACACUCCAAACUCCUCUCCAAGUCGUUUAAUCCGAUCUUCUGGUCGUCGCCUUCAAUCCAUUUGGACUGCAGUCAAACGAUUUUCACCUCGAUUGAAAACAGGUUCACCCUUGUUGGUCAAGAAACGGAAAACCUUAGAACAAGCUUCAAGAGUUUGCCUUUCCCACCCUGACCUAAGUGUCCACGAUCUAUCCUCUGUGUGUAAACCUCGAUCUCGAGAUGAUCUCGAUAUACUGGCAAUCAAUAAAGCAGCCAAUGCAAGUCCAUCUGGUUUAGGAAGAGAAACAAUCAGCCCUAAAGAUUCAAACGAUUCCUCCGACCAAUUUGACCUUAUACCUCGUACAAUUAAACGUCGUCACUCAUUUACCCGAGAUCGAUCCAAUUACGAUUUAAUCAGCUACGUUGACUCCGAAACAAAAACUGGUUCAUUAACCAAAAAAUUGGAUGAAGAUUCUGAAGAGGAACGCCAGAAAAUCUUUACACUCCGUCAAUAUCCAUUUUAUCAACUUGAGCUUCAUCUUCAAUCAGCUUCUAAUUUACUAGCCAAGGAUUCUUGUGGUACUAGUGAUCCUUAUGUAAAGCUCAAGUUUGGUAACAAGCAAGUCUACAAGAGCAAGAUUAUACCCAAAAAUUUGAACCCAGUUUGGGAUGAAUACACAGUUUUGGCCAUUGAAGAUGUGUUUCAACCUUUGUCAAUUAAAGUUUAUGAUCAUGAUUUUGGUUUAACUGAUGAUUACCUCGGAACAGCAACUCUCGACCUAACUAGAUUAGAGCUUAAUAAAACCACUGAAUUGGAGUUUAAUCUGACUGAAUCAGGAUUAGAUGAGAGUGAUCCAGACAAAAUUUGGGGUCAAAUAUAUCUUACAGUAACUCUUAUACCUAAAACUCAAGAGGAAAAGGAACAGUUGUGCCGAAAGCCUUUUCGUAAUGUAAAUUUGACUGCUUCCGGUGAAAAUACAAGCAAGAAAUUAAAGACUCAACAAUGGGACAGUGUUGUUAAUAUAGUCUUGGUUGAAGGUAAAAAUUUAACUCCCAAAGAUGAGAAUGGAUUGUCUGAUCCUUACAUUAAGUUUCAACUGGGUAAGGAGAAGCAUAAAAGUAAGUGCAUUCCUAAAACAUUGAAUCCCGUAUGGAAUGAACAAUUUGAUUUGCACACUUUUCCUGAUCAAAGUAAAGUGUUGGAGUUGACCGUGAUGGACCGUGAUUUUCAUGGAAGAGAUGAAUUUAUGGGAAAAGCAAUCAUUAAUUUAAAUAAUUUAAAGCAAGAGGAAACCCAUUCAAUUUGGGCUGAUUUACAGGACGGCCAAGGAUCCAUUUUGUUGAUGUUAACAAUCAGUGGUACACUUGGAACUGAUGCUAUCUCUAAUCUGGUCACUCGAUCUGAAGAUACAAAUCAAAUUGGACAGUUGAAAAAUCAAUAUAGUCUGUUGAGAUCGUUCCAGUAUCUCAAUAAUGUUGGUUAUCUUGAGGUUAAAGUUUUUAGAGCGGAAGGUUUAAUGGCUGCUGAUCUUGGAGGCAAGAGUGAUCCAUUUUGUGUGAUUGAACUUGUAAAUGCUCGAGUUCAGACUAAUACUGAAUAUAAAACUCUUUGUCCUGAAUGGAACAAAGUAUUCACUUUCACUGUUCGUGAUAUUCAUGAGGUCUUGGAAAUAACUGUCUAUGAUGAAGAUCGAGAUAAAAAAUUUGAAUUCCUUGGUAAAGUUGCCAUUCCUCUUCUCAAGAUUCAAAGCGGUGAGAAAAAAUGGUUCCCUUUGAAAGACAAGAAGCUGUUGAAGAGAACCAAAGGUCGAAUCCUAUUAGAAAUGACUGUUUACUUUAAUCAUGUUCGUGCUUGUAUACGAACAUUUAAUCCUCGAGAAGCUAAAGUUAUCUCCGAAAUUCCUAAGUUUAAGAAAUCCAUUUUCGUCCGUAAUGUUUAUCGAGUGAAAAGCCUUGCCAUGGAAAUCCGUCAGAUUUAUAACUGGAUAAACAGUUGUUUCCAAUGGGAAAAUGUGCCUCGAAGCAUUAUUGCAUUCAUUGCCUUUUUAGUUAUUACCUAUUAUUUUGAGCUUUUCAUGGUUCCUUUAUUUUUAUUGCUCAUCUUUUUACGAUAUUAUAUUUGGAACAAAAUAUCAUCUUAUUUUAAUGCUUAUCCAAGUGCAGAUGAACAAUCAGAACUUCUUUUAGAGGGUGAUGAAGAUGACGAUAAAGAUCAAGGUGAGGAAAAGAAAUCUUUGAUGGAAAAAUUUCAAGCAAUUCAUGAAGUCGGUGCUACAGUUCAAAAUGCUCUGGGUAUGAUUGCAUCCUACAUGGAAAGAGUUAAAAAUACAUUUAAUUUCAGUGUGCCUUUUUUAUCAUGGUUAGCGAUUGUGGUUCUAAUAAUAGCAACAAUCAUCCUUUAUUUUAUGCCAUUGCGUUACCUUAUUAUGGCUUGGGGUGUGAAUAAAUUUACUAAAAAAUUAAGAAAUCCUAAUUACAUAUCUAACAACGAAUUGAUUGAUUUUCUUUCACGAAUUCCUGAUAUUGAUGAACUUGCAAUGUAUCGAGAGUUAAAUGAUGAUCCAAAUUCACCAAGUGAAUCUGUUCGAAGAUCCAAGAAACGCCAAUGAUUGACCAAUGGGAAUGAUUUUUGCUGAAAUUUGGUCAACAUUUGUGGUUGGCAAAGUGAUCAAUCGUUUAUGUCUGUCAUUGAAUAAGAUAAUUUUGAAUUUAACUUGUAUUAAAUUUGCUUUGUACUAAAUUUGUAUCUUAUUUGACAUUCGAGUUCUAUUGUUCUUUUCGUUAUUGGAUUCUAUUCUUGUUCAUGAUUUGAUUUGUUGAUUAAAUGAUCUAUCAUCAAUUAGGUCAAUUAUUGGA